UCAAUCAAGUGCAAAAGUUUUGAACUAAUUUACAUAUAAUCCGAAUUUAAUAAUUACAAUUAAUCAUUUUCGUUUAAAGAAACUUGUUUAAACCAAGGAAAUGAAUUAUAGACAAUUUUUACUCUGUUUCUUAAUAUGCCUGGCUUUGCUAAAGGAAGUUAAAUGCUUACACAAAAGAUGUGUCAAAUGUCGGUCAAGAGGAGAGUUAGGCAGCUGUGGAGACCCAGUCGUAGUGAACACAACUGAUCCAUACUCGCAGCUCGGCAUACAUGUCGUGGCCUGCCCCUCGGGCUGGUGUGGCAAAAUGAUAGAAGGCAAUGUUGGAGCAUUUCGGACAGAUGAUUACGGAUCAGCAACAGAGAGGAUGUGCCUGCAGCGGCCCCCCAGCGACUACGAGGAGCGCUGCGCGUACACCUUGUGGAACUACAAGAAGGUCUACAUGUGCUUCUGUAAUGGUGACCUCUGCAACUCUGCUUUUAGAACUACCAUAUCCUAUUGUAGUAUUAUAAUUGCUGUUUUACUGACUAUAUUUAAUAUGUAGUGAAAUGUGUGUCUGCCUCAGACAAGUUGUUCUAGUUGGUUAGUUGUCAAUCAGUUGCUAAAGUCACUACUUUCGGACCAGAAAUAAUGGGUUAGUAUUGAAUCAAAACGGGAUAGGGGGUGUUUUUUAUUGUUGUUGUUACUAGAGAUGCAACUGAUAGUUGUUUGGCCGGAUACCGGACACCGGAUAUUCGGCUUGGGCAUCGGCCGAAUAUCCGGUAUCCGGCCGCCGAAUAUUCGGCUGGCGGAACUAUACCUUAAUUUCGGUGUUUCAACUGCGCAUUGUGCAGGUUCGACCUGUUUCCUAGUGAACGUCCGCGCAGAAUCUUUUCUAGGUUCGAAAUGAGUACACAUGCAAGUCAGUCGAAUGUUUAAAAUACUAAUCGAGUACGAUUAUGACCGUGACUGUUUCCUAAAUUCAAAUUCAAAACUCCGAAAUCAAGCAAUGUUACUAUCCGGUAUCCGGCCGGAUACCGGACCGUGACCUACUAUCCGGCCGGAUGUUAAAAUAUUGGCCGGAUAGGCCUGAUGCCGGAUAGUAACCGAAUAUCCGGUGCAUCUCUAGUUGUUACUAUUCCAGUAUAUAUGUAAUAAUAAUAUAUGUAAGCUUCAUUAAGCUAAGCACGAGCCCAUUGA